AAUAUACCGGUAAACAUUCCAUUCCAUUUUUGACGUUUGGAGAUUUGUGGUGGCUGUAAAAAGCCUUUUUUCAUGAUUGAAAAAGGAGAUUUUGAAAAAAAUUGUGAUUGGUCAUAAAGUUCAUAUAUCAGAGAACACAUGUACCUAAAACUAUGCAGCUGAAGCAUAUGAAAACGCUGCUAGCACCGCAGGAUGGUGCAAAUAAAAUCACAGCCAUGGCCUGGUCGGCUAACAAUGGGAAGCUGGCUGUCUGUACAGCAGACCGAGUGGUGCUGCUUUAUGAUGAGCAUGGCGAGAAACGAGAUAAGUUCUCAACAAAACCUGCAGACGCUAAGUAUGGAAAGAAGAGUUACACAGUGAAAGGCCUGGCUUUUUCACCCGAUUCUUCCAAAGUAGCCGUUGGACAGACAGACAACAUUGUGUUUGUUUACAAAAUAGGGGACGAGUGGGGUGAUAAGAAAUCCAUCUGCAACAAGUUUGUCCUCCAGAGUGCUGUGACCUGUCUGGUGUGGCCAGGUGAUGGUGCCAUUGUUGUUGGUUUAGCUGAUGGGAAGGUGAGGGCUGCCAACAUCAAGACCAACAAAUCGUCCACUUUGUACAGUGCUGACUCCUACUGUGUAUCACUCGCACCAAAUCCGUCCGGGAAAGGAUUCCUUUCUGGUCAUGCCAACGGGGCUAUUGUGAGAUAUUUCUUCGACGACGAAGGGUCUGGUGAUUCCCAGGGGAAAGUCUGCACUCAUCCUUGCCCACCAUACGCCCUCGCCUGGGCGACCAACUCGAUCGUUGCUGCCGGUUGUGACAAGCGGAUAUACGGCUACAGUCGAGAGGGACGCGUUCUUCAGCAGUUUGAUUACAGCCGUGAUGAGGAUGAGCAUGAGUUUACGACAGCUGUUUGCAGUCCAAGUGGACAGUCUGUUGUCCUUGGAAGUUUUGACAGAUUACGAGUAUUGAACUGGAGCCCAAGGAAGAGUUGCUGGGACGAGGGGAAGUCCAAGGACAUCCCAAAUCUGUACACCAUUACUGCAUUGGCGUGGAAGAAGGAUGGAUCUAGACUCGUUGCUGGGACCCUUUGCGGAGGUGUGGAGCUGUUCGACUGCUGCCUGAAACGAGCCAUCUACAAGAACAAAUUUGAGAUGACUUACGUCGGUCUGAGUCAAGUCAUUGUGAAGAAUCUCGCAAGUGGGACGCGCGUAGUUUUGAAGUCGUACUACGGGUACGAGAUUGACGAGGUUAAGAUCAAGGGAGAGGAUCGUUUCCUUGUCGCCCACACGUCGGAUACCCUUAUGCUCGGUGACCUGCAGGAGAAUAAGCUGAGUGAAGUGCCGUGGCAGGGGUCUGGAGGGAAUGAGACCUUCAACUUUGAGUACGAAAAUGUGUGCAUCAUCUUCAAUGCUGGUGAACUCUCAUUGGUGGAAUAUGGUUCCAAUGAAAUCCUUGGAUCUGUGCGUUCGGAGUACACUAACCCCCACCUCAUUAGUGUGCGACUGAAUGAGAGGAAACAGCGCGGUGUCGACCAGAACAAAAAGAUGGCUUAUCUCAUCGAUCUCAAGACAAUCGCCAUAAUUGAUCUCGUGAGUGGCCUCAAUCUCGGCCAGAUCAGCCACGACUCCAAGAUCGACUGGCUCGAACUCAACGAAACUGGCGGAAAGAUGUUGUUCAGAGACAAACGCCUCCGCCUCCAUCUGUAUGACAUACAGACAGAGAACAGGACGACGAUUCUGAACUACUGCACCUACGUUCAGUGGAUUCCCGGCAGUGAUGUCGUGGUGGCACAAAACAGGGACAAUCUCUGCGUCUGGUAUAACAUCGAUGCGCCGGAGAGGGUCACCAUGUUCCCAAUGAAGGGUGAAGUUGUCGGCAUUGAGAGAAACGAAGGUAAAACGGAUGUGAUCGUGAAUGAAGGGGUCCAGACCGUCUCGUACACCCUUGAUGAAGGCCUCAUAGAGUUCGGUACGGCCAUCGACGAUGGAGAUUUCGCACGAGCUGUCGCUUUCUUGGAGACCCUGGAGAUGUCACCGGAGACGGAAGCCAUGUGGAGGACGCUUAGUAAACUGUCACUCGAGGCGAGACAACUACCCAUCGCUGAAAGGUGUUUUGCUGCCCUGGGAGACGUGGCCAAGGCUCGCUAUCUCAGAGAGACAAACAAACAGGCCGAAGAGGCAGCCAAGAUAUCUGGAGGUGAUGGCUUCAACCACUACAAGGUCCGCGCUCGUAUGGCCAUCUUGGACAAGCAGUUCAAAUCUGCUGAGGGGAUAUACUUGGAGAGGAACAACAUUGACGAGGCAAUGGAAAUGUACCAGGAGAUGCACAAGUGGGACGAGGCCAUCGACGUCGCCGAAGCCAAGGGCCACCCCGAGCUAGAGAAUCUGCGACGUACCUACUACCAGUGGCUGAUGGAGACCGGGCAGGAGGAGAAGGCGGGCGAGGUCAAGGAGAGGGACGGUGACUACAUGGCGGCCAUCAACUUGUACCUGAAGGCUGGGCUACCUGCCAGGGCGGCACGACUUGCUACAAGUAGAGAGGACCUGAUGUCCAGCUCUGACCUGAUCACUCGCAUUGCCUCAGCAUUACUGAAGGGAGAGUUCCAUGAGAGGGCUGGCGACUUGUACGAGAAGAUCAGGAACUCCUCCAAGGCCAUGGAGUGCUAUCGCAAGGGCCGCUGCUACAGAAAGGCUGUCGAGCUAGCCCGUCACGCUUUCCCUAGCGACGUCGUCAAGCUAGAAGAGGAGUGGGGCGAUCACUUGGUCUCGCAGAAACAACUAGACGCUGCCAUCAAUCAUUUCAUCGAGGCCGGCUCGACCCUGAAGGCCGUAGAAGCUGCCAUCAACUCACGACAGUGGAGCAAGGCAGUACAGAUUCUUGAGAUGCAGGACUCGAGCAUGUCUGCCAAGUAUUACAAGAAGAUUGCUGUACACUACGCAACUGUCGGUGACUAUGAGAGAGCGGAGAAAUAUUAUGUCGAAGCUGGCUUGGCCACUGAGGCAAUCACGAUGUACAACUCGGCUGGAAAGUGGGAGGAUGCGCACCGACUUGCCUCAUCCUGCAUGAAGGCUGAGGACGUGGCUACCAUGUAUAUCUCCCAGGCACAGCAGCUCGAGUCGCAGGGAAAAUACAAGGAGGCCGAAAGACUAUACGUCGCUGUUGACGAGCCUGACCUGGCCAUCACCAUGUACAAGAAGGAGAAGCUCUACUCGGACAUGAUCCGCCUCGUAAAACUUCACCACAAAGAUCUGAUACAGGACACCCAUCUCCACUUGGCCAAGGAGAUCGAGGCCGAGGGCAACCUCCGCCAGGCCGAGCAUCAUUACCUGGAGGCGAAGGAUUGGAAGGGAGCGGUCAACAUGUACAGGACGUCUGACAUGUGGGAUGAAUCUUACAGGGUCGCCAAGAGCCAUGGGGGCCCUAAUGCAGCUAAACAAGUGGCCUACCUCUGGGCCAAAAGCCUGGGUGGAGACUCCGCCGUCAAACUGCUGUCCAAGUUUGGUCUCCUUGAGGCUGCCAUUGAUUACGCCACAGAAAAUUGUGCGUUUGAGUUUGCGUUCGACCUCGCCAAGACGGCCAUGAAGAACAAGAUACCCGAGAUCCAUCUGAAACACGCCAUGUUCCUCGAAGACGAGGGCAAGUUCAAGGAGGCCGAGAUGGAAUUCAUUGGAGCUAGCAGGCCAAAGGAAGCAGUCCUCAUGUAUGUUCACAACCAAGACUGGGACUCGGCCCAACGUGUUGCAGAAGAGUAUGAUCCUGACUCAGUGAGUGACGUCCUCGUUGGUCAGGCAAGAUAUGCCUUCGAACUGAAGGAUUUCCAGAAGGCUGAAUCGUUCCUUCUCCGGGCACAGCGCCCAGAGCUGGCCAUUAAGUACUACAGGGAUGCAGGAAUGUGGCAGGAUGCUCUGCGCGUCUGCAAGGAAUACAUCCCCCACAAACUGCAGCAGCUUCAGGACGAAUACGACCGGGAGAUGACGACGAAAUCGACAAAGGGAGCAGACACGCUCAUCCAGCAGGCAAAGGAAUGGGAGUCAUCCGGCGAAUAUCCUCGCGCUAUUGACUGCUACUUAAAGAUAACAAGCACCCACACGACCGAUAUGAAUUCACUCGAUAAGUGCUGGGUUAAAGCUGGUGAUCUGGCUAUUAAGUUCUUGGAUGGUGAUAAGGCUGUGGAUGUCAUCCAUGUUGUUGGGCCCCGCCUCUGCGAGAUCAAGAGAUAUAAUUCGGCUGCAGAACUCUACCUGAGCGUUGAUAUGGUCAAGGAAGCGAUCGAUGCGUUCAUGGAUGGAGAGGAGUGGAACAAGGCAAAGAAAGUCGCCAAGGAACUUGAACCAAGAUAUGAACAAUAUGUUGAUGAUAAAUAUAAGGAUUAUCUCAGAAACCAAGGGAAGGCAGAAGCGCUUGUCGGUGUUGACGUCAUCUCGGCGCUGGACAUGUACGUCGAGCGAGGCCAAUGGGAGAAGUGCCUGGAGGUGGCCGAGCAGCAGAACUACAAGGUUCUUCAUAAAUACGUUGCCCUGUACGCUACAUCUCUCAUCAAGGACAACAAGAUUAACGAUGCGCUAGAUCUCUAUGUCAAACACGGGGCCCCAGCCAACCAACAGAAUUUCAACAUCUACAAAAGAAUUGUGAGUGAAGUCUUGAACAUGAAAAACAUCAACAAGGCAGAGUCCUACAGAAUCUGGGCAGAUUUGAGAGACAUGCUCUACGACUUGUGUGAAAAUAUGGUGAAGUCGUCCGAUGCCAACACGCCCCAGCAUGAAGAGUUCGAGAACAUGAUGUUGGUUGCGCACUACUACGCCACACGCUCGGCAUGCCAGGCACAGAAGUCUCUCGAGGGUAUGGCGACCAAGUUGUCUGUGGCCUGCCUCCGUCAUACCGAUAUCAUCCCGGCGGAUAAGGCGUUCUAUGAAGCUGGCGUAAUGUGUAAGGCAAUAGGCUGGGAAAACAUGGCGUUCGUCUUCUUGAAUCGCUACCUUGACUUGGUGGAGGCCAUUGACGAGGGUUCCCUGGAUAUGCUCGACCACAGCGACUUCCAGGAUACUGACAUACCGUUUGAGAUACCACUACCAGAGAAAGCACAUCUUCAGGAACAUGAACAUGAAGACAUCAAGGAGUGGGUAUUGGCCGUCUCAAUGGACCAAAAGGUUGAGCAGAUCCUUCCCUCAGACGAGCGAGACACGUAUGAGGCCUCCCUUGUGGCGUCCAACACUGGCAUUAGGUCCCUGCCGUGUGUGAUUUCUGGCUACCCAGUGUUGAGAAACAAAUUGGAGUUCAAGCGUCCCGGCAAAGUCGCCAACAAGGAUGAGUGGAAUAAGUUCCUCAUGGCCACAAAGGUCUCGCACAGCACAGAGCUCCAAGACGUCCUCAAGUUCAUCGGCCAGUGGUGCGGCUCAACACCAAACCCCAGCUACUCCUUCCAGUAAACGAAAAUGUCAUGGUAUUGAUCCAAGCACGGCGCCCCUGGAUGUCCUCAAGUGCAUCGGCCAGUGGUGCAGCUCAACACCAAACCAAAGCUACUCCUUCCUGUAAAGGAAAACUUGAUGGUUUAUUGUUAACAGAGAGAGUAUCAUUAUCUAUUGAGAGUUGACUAAAGAUUUCGUUUUGACUAUGUUUUCAUCAAAAAGGAUUUAGUAUGCUUUUAUUCUUGUCACCCAGAAUCUACUGUUAUCAGUUUGACUGUUAUAGUUGUAAUCUGUUAGAAUGUUGAAAGGCAAAACGUGUAUGUAUGAUUGCACAUCCUUCUUUUAAAAGCAACAUUACGUCCAUUCAUACUCAGGAUUUUUCAGUGUUUUGAGGAAUUUACACUUAAAAUUGUCUCCAACAUAAAGGUCUAAAGUCAACCCAUGACUAUACACAACAAAAGGCAUCGUUUACAGCAGUGUGUCUUUGAAUUCACCUUCUUCUCAAUCCGUCCAAGCUUGUUUCGAAGACAUAUUAAAAUUUAGUUUUAUAUUGUACAAGAUAUAAUCAGUAUGUCCCUCCAAUAAUGCUAUGAAUUGAAUGACGCGUAUUAGUGGAAUUUCUUCAUGUAUUCGUGUUAUGCUAUUUCAUAAUAAUUUAGGUUUUCUGA